UAACAGGGAUUCCACUUGUCGCUCCUUCUUCCUUCAACAUCCUCCACUUCCACCCGGCGGCGGCGGCGGCGGCGGCGGCGGGUGUGUCUUCCUUCACCGGCCGGCGCUCAGUCUUCCAGACCCUAGCUUGCUAGCAUGGUCCAAGUCCAAGCCCGCUUCCUCCGCCCAGUCUAAUAUGGACGCCCCCCGUUGGACGGAGGAGGUGGACGACCUGGUUGACGCCGGCGAUGUCCACGGAGCCAUCUCCCUCCUCGAAUCCGUCGUUUCUAACCUCUCCACGGCCGCAGCCUCCUCCUCCGCUCCUCCGUCGGGCGGCGACCUUCGCCUUGCCGCGGCGCUCGGCGACCUCGCCGGACUCCACGCCUCCCGCGGCAAUACUCUCCGCGCGGACGACCUCCGCGCCCGCGCCAUCGUCCUCCGAUCCCUCGCCGCAGCCCCCGGGCCCUUAGGGGAUCAUGAGGCGGCUGAGAAAUCAUCUUCAGAGGAGGGAGCUAUUGGUUCAAAGGACUCUGAAGUCUCAGAUAAUCUUGAAAAGAACAAUGAAGAGGAAGAGGAUGAUUGGGAGGCUAUUGCAGAUCGUGGCGCACAUGAUGAUACACUAGUGCGCUCCCUGGAGCAAGAAGCAAGGGUGUCUUCAUGUAGCUCUUCGGAGAAAAGUAGCGCCCUAUCUUCAGGACCCAAAAGGAGAGGGAGGGGUUCAUUUCUUUACGAUAAGAGUGUUCUGUACAGUGACCAGUGUGGUUCGGAAAGAGAUUUGGAUGACAAGGAGUCUAGUCCUCAGAGUGGAUCAAAGGGCCAUUUGAAUGAGCGGGGGAACAAAGCUGCUGCAGCACAAUUUGGGACAAGGCAUGUCCUUGUUCUUUAUGACUUUUCACCUAGCACGCGCACAAUAGAUUUGGAAAAGAUUUUUGAGAAGUUUGGGGACCAUGGAGUUGCCAUUCGCUGGGUUAAUGAUACUUCUGCGCUUGCAGUCUUCCAGACUCCAUCAGCUGCUAAUGAGGCGCAAGCUUGCGUAUCUCCAAGAUACAAAGUGCGGUCACUAAAGGAGGAUGAUGAUCUGUUGACAAAAAUAGAUGGUAGAGACCUAGAACCGCCCAAGCCAAGGCCAAAGACAUCUGCACGAACAGCUCAAAGGCUAAUUGCUCAUGGGAUGGGUUUAAGGCAGUUCUCAAACUUUGGCUCAGAUGAGCUGAAGAAACAAGAGGAAGAGAGAAGGAAUCGUAUCACCGCUCGACAAGCAAUGCGUGACGAGGCUUGGGGCUCAGAUUGAUCUCGAGUCUGUUGCUAUGGCUGCUCGCGACCAUCACGUCUACGAUUUUGUUGCGUGGGUGUUUAGACACUUGUUCUCUUUACCUGGUUAUAUGUUCAUUCCGAGGGAGCUGAGAAUGGCAUGAAGCCAUGAAGAUGUGAUCAGGUCGCAUCACACAAUCAUGUCGAACACACACAAUGGUGUAUCAGUUCCAGUAUUUGAAUGGUGAUGGGUAUGCUGAGCAUGCCGCACUGAA